AUGGCUAUAAAAGACAGAUAUAUCCGUCAUGAAGUUUCGGAUUUGGAUUGUUCAAGUAAAAUUUGGUUCAUCACCGUUAAAGGUCGAGGGGAGGACAGUGCAUGCAAAGAAGAAGGGCUUACCCAUUAUCAACCUCCAGGCAAGCCAAUUGGCCUUACGCGAGAAAAGAAAAGAAAAACAACUGCUGUUACUGCUGUUGAUGUUGUUGUUGGUGAAGAAGAAAAUGAAGAAGGAAAAAAACUUUGCGGGUUUUUAUUUGUGGGCGUUUUUGCUUUCUUCGGCGCGCGGGAAAGGCAGAAAGCGCAUUCACGUGAUACCCCUUACUAA